AUGGCCUCCCACCUCCGCCUCCACCUCGCCGCCCCACCACCGCCCCUCCUCCACCACCACCGCCUCCGUCUCCCGCGCCCACCAAAACUAACGCUCCUCAGUUCCCCAGCCCCGGCGUACUCCCCUCUGCGCCCUUUGCGCCACCGCGCCCUUUCCCCAGCCCCGCUCCGGGCCUCCGUCGACCGCGCCGAGGAGGGCUCGGACGGUGAGGGCGAGGGGCUCGUGGGCGAGGACUCGGCGGUGUUCCGCCUCGGCGACCAGCGGGUGCUCUCCUGGGCAUACUUCAGCGGGAUCCUCGCCGUCGUGCUCUAUGCCCUCAACGUCCUCUGGAUUGACCCGAACACCGGCUUCGGGACCAGCUUCCUCGACGCCGUCGGCUCCAUCUCCGACAGCCACGAGGUCGUUUUGCUGCUCCUUACCAUCAUCUUUGCUGUAGCCCAUAGUGGUCUGGCAAGCUUUCGUGAAACUGGUGAAAAAAUAAUAGGGGAGCGAGCCUACCGUGUGCUGUUUGCUGGAUUGUCACUGCCGCUAGCAGUUAGUACUAUUGUCUACUUCAUAAAUCAUCGCUAUGAUGGUAUUCAGCUGUGGCAAGUUCAAGGCGUCCCAGGCGUCCACGAGCUUGUUUGGCUCUCGUCUUUCAUCUCAUUCUUAUUUUUGUACCCAUCUACUUUCAAUCUGUUAGAAGUGGCAGCUGUGGACAAGCCAAAAUUACACAUGUGGGAAACCGGGAUAAUGCGCAUCACAAGACAUCCACAGUUUGUUGGGCAGGUAAUUUGGUGCUUAGCUCACACGCUAUGGAUGGGCAACUCAGUUGCUGUUGCGGCCUCCGUUGGGUUGAUUGGUCACCAUGCAUUUGGUGUCUGGAAUGGCGACAGGAGGCUGGCGUCACGCUACGGUGAAGCCUUUGAGGUUUUGAAGAAGAGGACUAGUGUCAUGCCGUUUGCUGCGAUUGUUGAUGGACGGCAGAAACUACCUGCGGAUUAUUACAAGGAGUUCAUCCGGUUACCGUACAUCACGAUCACAGCCUUAACUGUGGGAGCAUACUUUGCACAUCCGUUGAUGCAAGCGUCCAGCUACAAACUUCCCUGGUAACAAUGCAGACUGAUGUACAUAUGUCAGUUUAUUACCUGAACAUGUCAGCGAACAGAAACAAAAGAAAAUAGACACGGUGCUUUUGCUUGUUAGAGAGGACUACCAAAAGAAGUAGCCAGCUGAUGUUGUAACGUCACUAGGCUUCAGAAAGGGAUAUGAAAAUUGUCAAAACAAUAUUCAGAAGUUGCCCUACUGAAGCUGUGAGGGAUGGGCAAAGCCAUGGUAACACUGCCAAAACAAUUUUACUUGAGAUAUGAAAAAAAGGGAUGGCAAUACAUGUGAAACAAACAUCUCCUCUAAAUGUAUAAUAUGAGUAUUGUUAGAAUCAUUGUAAAAUGCAUUUUUAAAUUAUAUGAAUUUUGUUUUUUUGGAUGUAA